GGUUUUGACAAAUACUCUAUCUUGGAAGUGCACAUUCUCCUAAAUCCAGUGCCUCCUAAGAGCUUACACAUCCCUAUAUAUAUAUAUCACCAUUUAUAUCUCCCAUGUGCUCAACAAAUCUUAAGCUAAGAUAUUUUCCUUUCUUUCUUUGUUUCUUUCUCUGAAGCAAUACAGAAGAUAUAUAGUGCGUGGUUUUAUGGAGAUGGAGUACACAAGCAGUGUUCACAUGAUCAUGAGAAGUUUAUCGGAUUGUGGCUCUUCAGUAACAAAUGGGAGCGAGGAAGACAUGGAAAUUAGAAAAGGUCCAUGGACAGAGGAAGAGGAUUCUGCUCUGUUGAACCAUAUCACCACCUAUGGUGAAGGACACUGGAACUCUGUUGCACGCUCUGCAGGUCUAAAACGAAGCGGGAAAAGCUGCAGAUUAAGAUGGUUAAAUUACUUGCGUCCGAAUGUUAGACGUGGGAACAUCACCCUCGAAGAACAACUCUUGAUUCUUGACCUCCAUUCGCGAUGGGGAAAUAGGUGGUCGAAAAUAGCAGAACAAUUGCCUGGAAGAACAGACAACGAGAUCAAGAACUACUGGAGAACGAGAGUGGUGAAGCAGGCGAAGCAACUAAAAUGCGACGUCAACAGCAAACAGUUCAGAGACGCGUUGCGCUACGUAUGGAUGCCGCGCCUUAUGGAGCAGAUUCAAGCCCAAGGAAGAUCCACCAUGUGCGUCUCCCAAGCUUGCGAGAUAGUUAAUCCUGUCACUUCAGUUUCGAUGGCUUCGUCUAAAUCUUGCUCUUCAUUCUCAGGAUGUGAACAAUUCCAAGCCUCUUCUUCAGUCUCUGAUUCUUGUGUGUCUUAUUACAGUUUAAUGGGUAGUGGAAGUGGUGGGGGUUCUUCAGAGCGUGCGGAAAAGGGAGCCACGUCAUCAUCCACGCCAUUUGAACCGGAAAAUGGUUUCGGGGGUGCUGAUUUUUGGACUGAUGAAAACAUAUGGUUCUUGCAGCAGCAACUUGCUGAUGACGAUCAUCUUUGACUCUGACCAUUUCGAUAAUUUCUUUUACGCUAGGCACCGCACUAACAUGUUUGAUUGCAAGUGUAUUAGAGUUUACGUGACAUUACGGUGGAAAUUUGUUGUUUUUCUUAUGAAAUUAAUAAUUUAAUUAAAUAUAUUAAAUUAUUUAAUAAUUAUUUAUUAUCAAUUUCAUAUAACAAAAAAUAAAUUGUUUGUGAGUCUCCAUCCACUUGACAUUAUUGCUAAUAAAAUUUAAUUGCAUGUUUAUUUAGUUUCUUAGGAUUAUUAUUUUUGGUUUUUUAGGUCGUAAUCCUCGUCCUACGUAUAUCAACAUGAUAAUUUGUUUCCAAAGAUUGUUCAUGUAUCAUGUUGUAAUCGUUACAUUUAUUUAAUUUGAAAUAUUUCAUUUCAUUUUUAA